AAGAGAUGUAAUUAACGUUCGUUCCAUAUAUAUUUUCGUCGCCGAAUUAAGCUAAAGGCAGAUCAGAUAAGAAUGGCGGCUUACACAGUGGUAAUGGAAAACCUAAAGGAAAGAGCAGAAUUCAUGAAAGAAUCAAUGCACAAGAGCCAAACCAUUACCGAUAAUAUGAUCUCCAUUCUCGGCUCCUUUGAUCACCGCCUCUCCGCCCUCGAAACCGCCAUGCGUCCCACUCAGAUAAGGACGCAUUCGAUUCGGAAAGCACACGAGAACAUUGACAAGACAUUGAAGGUUGCUGAGUCCAUAUUGGCUCAAUUUGAUCUUGCGCGCCAG